AUGUUCUACCCAGCCUCCCCUCCCCUCCCCAAUGUUCUACCCGGCCUCCCCUCCCCAAUGUUCUACCCAGCCUCCCCUCCCCAAUGUUCUACCCAGCCUCCCGUCCCCAAUGUUCUACCCAGCCUCCCCUCCCCAAUGUUCUACCCGGCCUCCCCUCCCCAAUGUUCUACCCAGCCUCCCGUCCCCAAUGUUCUACCCGGCCUCCCCUCCCCAAUGUUCUACCCAGCCUCCCGUCCCCAAUGUUCUACCCAGCCUCCCCUCCCCAAUGUUCUACCAAGCCUCCGGUCCCCAAUGUUCUACCCGGCCUCCCCUCCCCAAUGUUCUGCCCAGCCUCCCCUCCCCAAUGUUCUACCCAGCCUCCCGUCCCUAAUGUUCUGCCCAGCCUCCCCAAUGUUCUGCGACCCAACCUCCCCUCCCUAA